AUGGGGGGCCCCCGGGCUGCGCGGCUCCUGCUGCUCCAGCGCCCGCUCAAGCUGCUGCGGAGGCGCUUCCGGCUGCUGCUGCUGCUCGCCCUGGUGUCCCUCGGGCUCUGGACUCUCUAUCUGGAGCUGGCGGCGUCGGCCCAGGUCGGCGGGAACCCCCUGAACCGGAGGUACGGCAGCUGGAGGGAACUGGCCAAGGCUCUGGCCAGCAGGAACAUUCCGGCUGUGGAUCCAAAUCUCCAGUUCUUCCUUCCCCAGAAGCUGGGCCUCAAGGACCAAGAGUCUGCGCGAGGCGGGAGCGGUAGCAGCAGCUACCUGACGUGGAAUAAGCCGGUCCCCUGGCUCUCCGAGUUCCGAGGCCGCGUCAACCUGCAUGUGUUUGAAGACUGGUGCGGCAGCUCCAUCCAGCAGCUGCGGAGGAACCUGCACUUCCCGCUGUACCCCCACAUCCGCACAACCCUGAGGAAGCUGGCCGUGUCCCCCAAGUGGACCAAUUAUGGCCUCCGCAUCUUUGGCUAUCUGCACCCCUUCACUGACGGGGAGAUCCAGUUUGCCAUCGCCGCCGACGACAACGCCGAGUUCUGGCUGAGCCGUGACGACCGGGUCUCAGGCCUGCAGCUGCUGGCCAGUGUGGGCAAGACUGGAAAAGAGUGGACUGCCCCUGGAGAGUUCGGGAAAUUUCGGAGCCAAAUUUCCAAGCCAGUGAGCCUGUCGGCCGCCCGCAGGUACUACUUCGAGGUGCUGCACAAGCAGAACAGCGAGGGCACUGACCAUGUGGAAGUCGCGUGGCGGCGGAAUUACCCCGGAGCCAAGUUCACCAUUAUCGACUCCACGUCCCUGUCCCUCUUCACAAACGAGACAGUCCUAAGGAUGGACGAGGUGGGCCACAUCCCGCAGACAGCCGCCAGCCAUGCAGGCUCCCCAGCCACUGUGCCUGGCGAGGAGCAGCCCACCGUCGACAUGCUGCGGCCUGACCCUCGGGACACCCUCUACCGAGAGACUCUCAUCCCCAAGUCUCAUGUCCGCCACGUCCUGCCGGACUGUCCCUACAAACCUAGCUACCUGGUGGAUGGGAUCCCUCUGCAGCGCUACCAGGGACUCCGGUUUGUUCACCUGUCCUUUGUCUACCCCAACGACUACACCCGUCUGAGCCACAUGGAGACCCAGAACAAGUGCUUCUACCAGGAGAACACCUAUUACCCGGACAGGUUCGGCUUCCAGGACUACAUCAAGAUUGACCAGCCAGAGAAGCAGGGGCCGGAGCAGCCAGCAGCAGCUUUCGAGGAAGGGCUCCUGGAAGAGUCCCAGUAUGGAGAAGCGGCAGAGGACACCCCUGCCCCCGAGGACCAGGACAGGACACCAGAGGGGAAACAAGGGCCGCCCACCGCCCCCGGGCCAGCCGCCACCAACCGCAGCCUCCGAAGCCUGCGGAGAGUCCUGGCUCAGCCUCGGGACUCUCCACCAGCCUCCUCUUCCAGGCGGAACUCCACAGCCCGCUUCCCAGCGAGGACCAGCGACAGGCCGGCCCAGCCGGCGGAGAAGAGAGCGAGGAAACCCAGCCCCCAGCCCCGCCAGGAUCCCCGUCGUCCUGACAAGGGGCCCCCGGGGCACCCAGCAGGGCCCCCACCUCAAGUGAAGAGGCCCAGGCCCACCGGGGACAGCCCCAGGAGGACGCUGGCACAGUCCCAGUGGCUGAAUCAGGUCGAGUCGUACAUCGCAGAGCAGAGAAGGGGAGACAGGAUGGAGCCUCCGGGCCCUGGGAGGGGUCGGCCGGGGAAGGAGGAGGAGGUCACCACUGCAGGCCAGGAAGGACAGGUGGAGGGAGAGGACGAGGAGGGGGAGGAGGAGGAGGAGGAGGAGGUGAGUGAGGUGUUGGAGUACCUGUCCAUGUUUGACCCGGUGGUGAACUGGGACCAGACCUUCAGUGCCCGCAACCUCGACCUCCAAGCCCUGCGGACCGACUGGAUCGACCUGAACUGUAACACGUCUGGCAACCUGCUGCUUCCAGAGCAGGAGGCUCUCGAGGUCGUGCGGGUCUUCCUGAAGAAGCUCAACCAGAGGAGCCGGGGGAGGUACCAGCUGCAGCGCAUCGUGAAUGUGGAGAAGCGCCAGGACCACCUGCGUGGGGGCCGCUACCUCCUGGAGCUGGAGCUGCUGGAGCGGGGCCAGCGCCGGGUGCGGCUCUCUGAGUUCGUGUCCACGCGAGGCUGGCAGGGCGUGGAGGCGGCCGGCGGGGAGGAGGCCGAGGCCCAGAACCCGCAGGGCCUGGCUGGGAGCCCACAGAGCAGCCGGAGGCGCAUCCUGAGUGUCCGCGCCCCAGAGCCCAAGCUGUGCUGGCCCCAGGGCUUCUCCUGGAAUCACCGAGCCGUGGUCCACUUCGUCGUGCCAGUGAAGAACCAGGCACGCUGGGUGCAGCAAUUCAUCAGAGACAUGGAGACGCUGUUACGGGUCACGGGCGACCCCCACUUCAGCGUCAUCAUCACCGACUUCAGCAGUGAGGACAUGGAUGUCGAGAUGGCCCUGAAAAGGUCCAAGCUGAGGAGCUACCAGUACAUGAAGCUAAGUGGGAACUUCGAGCGCUCGGCUGGACUCCAGGCUGGCGUGGACCUGGUGAAGGACCCACACAGCAUCAUCUUCCUCUGCGACCUCCACAUCCACUUCCCAGACGGAGUCAUCGACGCCAUCCGGAAGCACUGUGUGGAGGGCAAGAUGGCCUUCGCCCCCAUGGUGAUGAGGCUGCACUGCGGGGCCACUCCCCAGUGGCCAGAGGGCUACUGGGAGGUGAACGGGUUUGGGCUGCUCGGCAUCUACAAGUCAGACCUGGACAGGAUCGGGGGCAUGAACACCAAGGAGUUCAGAGACCGCUGGGGCGGAGAGGACUGGGAGCUGCUGGACAGAAUCCUCCAAGCAGGCCUGGAAGUGGAACGUCUCUCCCUCCGGAAUUUCUUCCAUCACUUCCAUUCCAAGAGAGGCAUGUGGAACCGCCGCCAGAUGAAGAUGCCGUGAUCCGACGGGUGGCCCGCUGGACCAACCACUCCCCGCCCCUGGACCGCGGUGGCCCGGCCACACCCACUCACUGCGGCAGGAAGAGAGCGAGGGGAGCCGGAGCCACGGGGGGCCCACGGGGCCUCCGAGCCGACACCCCGCACCAGCAGCUGUCCUCCGUGGGGCAAGGCCAAGGCCCCUCCACCCCUGGGCCUCCGAAGGGAGGACCUUGGGAGGAUGCCAGGAGAUGGGACAGAGACAGGACGGCUCCCGGGAAGGAUGGCCGAACCAGGUCAAGGAAGCAGAGACCUGCUUGGUCAACACCAGCCUGAACCGGGAGGUGGAUUCCAGUAUCCACCCGGUGCCCCUCUGGGGCAGUGACCAUGGACUAGAAACUCUUCUAUUGGACAUAUUUUAUUGUGUUUUAUUUUUUUUUAACAGAAACCAAAACUGUCCAGACCCAGCAUUGACUGUGAGGGAGUGGAGUUGUGCAUUUAGCGAGGGUCCCCCUUGCAUACCUCAGACCUGCUCCCUGGUACAGGGGUGUCCCCCAGUCCCUGACCGGGCAGCUGAUUUACAGCCCCAGAGCUGGCCCCGCAUCGGGUAGUUCUCAGGCCCAUGCCUCCAGGACACGCACACCUCUCCCAGGAAGCCCCCCAACCACCAAUCAGGGCAUUAACCUCACCCUCCGGGCAGUGCUAAACCUGACCGCCCAGACCAGAAGCACAGAACUGGCAGCCCUUCCUGUGCCCCAGGGGUGGGCGGUGCUCCUCAGUCCCCGGGCUGGGCAAAUAGGCGGAGCAGAACUGCGAGUGAGUGAGCCCAGCCUCAGGGACCAGACAAGCAGAGGGGAGGGGACGAGGGUGGGGCCCAGCAGGAGAGGAUGGGAAGGGAAGAGGAAAGCUUGGGUCCUCGCAGCCCAGCUCUCCUGCCCUGAGGGGAAGAAGAGAAGGGGCUGGACCACACUCUGAAAUGGGAAACAGGGACCAGGAAGGAAGGUUUGGGGAUGUGAGGGUAUUGCCCUGAGGUACCUCCCCCACAUGGAGGGGAGCAGGGCUGGGGGGCUGAAAAGUGAAGUCAUUUCAGGGAACCUAGCCCUUGGCCUUAGUGGUCUGGGCACCCUUUCUGUCACCUGAUGCUCACACACCUGUCUUGCACUAAUAACCCCAGGUGCCUUUGCGGCUGGCGGUUUUUCUUCGGCUGCCACUGACUCACCGGCAGCGUGUGGACGCGGCGUCCUGAACCCCAGUGUGUGUGGAGGGCGGGGAGCACGUGCCCCUGCUGUGACGAAGGGCUUCUGGGGCUGCAGCAGGGCCCAGGAGGCCAGGCGGCUGGGCCCAGGGUCCAUGCGGUGACAGGGUGCACGUCACCUGGUGGGCCCUGCGUUCACCAAGAGCAUAGAUUUGGCAUAUGGGAGAGUGAAGCCCCUCGAGAACCUUCUGGAGGUUGACGAGACUCCCUGCCUCCUUACAGGAUCAGGAAGGACACAGACUUUUCAGUUAAUAGAUCGUGGCUCAUGGAUGCCAUGCCUGCCCUCGGGCUGUGGCUUCUCAUGGUCCCUGCGCAGGGGAGGCCGUAGGGAGGAGAGAGGGCUGCCGUUGGCUGGCUGCGAUGUCAGAUCUCUUCCUGGGGCCACUCCCAUCCCUGGGCAUCGCCCCGGAAGGCUUCAUUCCUCCCCUUCUUCCCUCCCCUGCCCAGCCCCCGACCCGCUCUGCCCCAGCCAGUGCCUUGUGUUUGAUGUUUGUUACCUCCACACCGUCUGCCUUAACUGGGAGGGCCUGGCAUGGCCCCCUACUCUGUAGGGAAAUGUGUGGGGUGGGGGGGAAAGCAUUCAACACAGCAUCUUCUCA